AUGCUGUGUCGUCGAGCUCUCCUACCCUCUACUGACACUCCUCUUCUCCUCUAUGAAGAAAUCAGAGUGGGCGAACUGCGUCGGCUCAAGAAUUUGGACGACCCAAUUCGCAGCUGCUUCAGCGACAGUCCUGAUGCUCCUAUACUCGUCUAUCAGGUUUUACCGGUUUCGGGGCCCUCUAAGGCCAUCCCUGAGCUGUUGCACUCCGAGUUUUGUGAACUACAUUUUCCCUGGAACCUUCUCGCUCCAAUUGACUCUUCCUCUGAUUUCAAACAAUGUGCUGUUGUUCUACCACCAAAGGCUGAUAACUGUCUCCUGCCGGGUAUUCCCUUCGCCAACAGGACCUCAUUUGCCUCCAACGCUCUUUUCGCCACCAUGUCCGGGAAGUCGCCCAGCUUUACCGUUCGUCUUUCUCUCAAAAAUUCCUGUCGAUAUCUACUUCAUUUGUUGGCUUCUCACCUUAAUACUGAGCCCCAGUUCAUCCAACUCUUCAAACCUAUCUACUUGGGCAGCGGCGACAAGGAGUUUGUCGCUAUUCCCUCCGCAUUCCUAGGCACUCUUCAGGGCCUACUUUCUGUCGCAGGCAGCGCCAACAGCUGCAGUCUGCAUCAUAAUCAUCACACUCCCGCCCUG